AUGAGUAACAAUGACACAGACAGCACGGCCCGGGGCACAGGUCCCGUGUCCAUAAACGAAUGGGCCCGGGUGCAGCGGAAGCUGCUGAGGCUUGAACGAGACGAGGAAGUCGAGCAAGUCGCCGGAAUGCUGAACCAACUAACGGCACAGGAAUGCAUGGAGCGCGGUGUCAGCCUCGUUCCUCUCGCGGUGACGGGGCUGUCGACGGGUUUGUACGGAAGGGCGUGCGUCUCCGUCGGGGAUCCCAAGGGCCGGCCCCUGCCCGCGCACAGGCUGGGCGCCGGCGAUCAGGUCCGCCUGUACAGCUCUAAGGGGGGCAAGGGCGACAUCGGGGGAGGGAUAUCUGAGAUAUCGGGUGUAAACCGGUGA